AUGUCGACCGUCACUGUGACCUUUGAUGCUUACGCCAUCCUGGGAGUUGAGCGAGAUGCCAAACUCCCUGACAUCAACAUUGCCUACAGGCGCCUUGCCUUGAAGUUCCAUCCCGACAAAGUUGGAGAUUCCCCUGUGAACAAUGAGCGAUUCAGAAAAAUUCAAGAUGCUAUUGAGGUUCUCCGUGACGAAGACCGUCGGCGCUUGCUUGACAAGGCCCUGAAAAAGAAGACCAAGAGACAUCUAGAUCCCGAGGAUGACACACCAGCUUGGGCCUGCAAGGGCAACUAUAAUCGUCCGUCAAAGCGAGAACGCCAUGGAUAUGAUUUCCACUGGAGCCAAUUUACCGAGUCGGCAUCCAAGCACAUGCCAAGACAUCGACGCCAGCACAGCCAGAGCUACUACUACAGCUACGGAACAAGUGUGCACAUGGACCCAGAUUCGGCCGAAUCUAAGGCGAAACGUGCGCAAUUCCAGGCAGACAAUGUCCAGUGGGAGAACGAAUGGGCUGGCAUUGACCCAGAAGUGCAGAAGGCACGGGCAGAGCUCCGCAAGGAAAACAUGCGGGCUCGAAUGAAGCGUGACCUAGCAGAUAUGGCGAAAGACCAAGGUGAAGAUACCAUGUAUGCCGAUAUCGUUGACCAUGUUAUCGAAGGAGUCUUGGACGAACUCGACUUUGGCAAUGGCCAUAAUUUCGAAGAUUUCGUGCAUGUCGUGCCUGAAGAGGAUAUCAAGACCUGCAACCCUGCCGACACAUUUGACACAUUUGCCUAUGAAUACGCCAAAAAGUUCCGUUCCGAGGACAAGGGUCCAAUUAACUCUGAUCGCGCUUCAAAUUCUCAGUCUCCUGCUAGCAACGACUCGUCCUUUGACUUCUCAACAAGUAGCAGCUCCACCGACUACACUCAUUCAGCCAACGAGAACUCUAAUUUCAAGUCCACCGUUGAGGAUUACGAAUCUACCACCGACGAUUCCAACUCUGAAGCUGACAAACUGAUCAACGCCUACAUGGUAGGCCAUGAUUCGUUGCUCCCUCUAGUCUCAUUCCUCAAGCAAAAGCUCGCCGACCCUCAUGGACGCUAUACCGUCGAUGACCUCGGUGGUGAACUCAACGGAAUUAUGCUGGAAUUCUAUUGUGGCUGGUUGGAAGCUGUUCGUCUUUCAGUCCCGGAUGCCUCGCCUAUUACAGUUCGGAAUGAUCCCAGACUUUGCUCCCAUCUCGGUCUAUGGUACAAGGAAUUCUGCCGUCCCGUGUGCAAUAUUUGCAACUUGUGGAUGCCAACAUUCAUCCUCACCUGUCCUGGCUGUGGUCUGAAGGCCUGUGUCAGAUGUAAGUUCGUGGAUUGUGACCCUGCCUUGGGGCCUGGUAUGCAGGAGCAGUGA